AUGUUCUACCCGACGGAUACUCUUUUGGUCAGGCGUUUGACCGAGCCAAUGGAGUGGUCGCGUACCGAAGAACUUGCCAAGGAAACACAAGAUCCAGACGAGCUUCGUUCCCAGCUUCUCAACAUUUUACUGGCCGGUAGAGACACUACUGCAGGUCUUUUAGGAUGGACGUUUCAUCUACUCUCACGUCAGGUGCAUGUUUACGAAAAGCUACGUACGGUUUCAUGUUCCUAUCUGCAGCACGUUUUGUCUGAAGUUCUGCGACUUCACCCGGUUGUUCCUGAGAAUGGCCGCCGCGCGGUCCGGAACACUACACUCCCUCGUGGAGGCGGCCCAGAUGGUACAUCGCCGAUCUAUAUCCCCGCCGGAGAGGAUGUUGACUACAAUGUACAUGUUAUGCACCGCCGGAAGGAUAUCUGGGGUGAUGAUGCCAAUCAGUUUCGUCCUGAACGGUGGACGGGACGCAAACCGGGAUGGGAAUACUUGCCCUUUAAUGGUGGGCCGAGGAUCUGCUUGGGGCAGCAAUCUGCCCUGACCGAGGCGGGAUAUGUGGUCGUGCGGAUGCUUCAGCGAUUUGACAAAGUGGAAAACAUGGUCAUGUCAACCGUGGUCAAACAUAAAUACACCAUGACCACUUCCCCUGUUCAGGUCCUCGUGCGGCUACAUGGCAGUUCCUAA